CCCUGAGGGAGGGAGGGGGAGAGAGAGAGAGACAGACAGAGACACAGACACAGACAGAGACAGAGCAAGACAGACAGACAGAGCGAGACAGACAGACAGAGCGAGACAGACAGACACAGAGAGACAGAGAGACAGGCAGGCAGGCCUGCUGGCCGGCCGGCUGGCCGGCUGGCUGGGGCCCUUGAAACAAAUACCUCUUUGCUUCACAACACCCCCCCCCCCCAUUUCUUUCCGCUUUUUCUUGCUUAUUCACUUCGUGCUUGGGGGUCAGCGCGUAAGGCUGGAGGGACCGAGGCUGAAGCGACGCCCGAGCAGCCCAGCGGGAGCCUAGGGACAGGCCUGGGCAGCAGCCUCAAGAUUAGGAUGUCCCGACAUGAAGGUGUCAGCUGUGACGCAUGUUUAAAAGGAAAUUUUCGAGGUCGCAGAUACAAGUGUUUAAUUUGCUACGAUUACGAUUUGUGUGCAACUUGUUAUGAGAGUGGUGCAACGACAACGAGGCAUACAACUGACCAUCCAAUGCAGUGCAUACUAACAAGAGUAGAUUUUGAUUUGUAUUAUGGUGGAGAAGCUUUCUCUGUAGAGCAGCCACAGUCCUUUACUUGUCCUUAUUGUGGAAAGAUGGGUUAUACAGAAACAUCUCUUCAAGAACAUGUCGCUUCUGAACACGCAGAAACAUCAACAGAGGUGAUCUGUCCAAUAUGUGCAGCAUUGCCUGGAGGGGAUCCUAAUCAUGUCACAGAUGACUUUGCAGCUCAUCUUACACUGGAACACAGAGCUCCUAGAGAUUUAGAUGAAUCUAGUGGUGUCCGGCACGUACGUAGAAUGUUUCACCCAGGCCGGGGUUUGGGAGGCCCCCGUGCACGUAGAUCAAACAUGCACUUUACUAGCAGUUCCAGUGGUGGCCUUUCAUCUUCUCAGAGUUCAUAUUCUCCAAGCAAUAGAGAAACCAUGGAUCCUAUAGCUGAGCUUUUAUCUCAGUUAUCAGGCGUGAGACGUUCUGCAGGCCAGCUCAAUUCUUCUGGCCCUUCUGCUUCUCAGUUACAGCAACUGCAGAUGCAACUGCAGUUGGAGAGACAGCAUGCACAGGCAGCAAGACAACAACUGGAAACUGCACGCAAUGCAACUAGACGCACUAACACAAGCAGCAUCCCCACCACUCUUACACAAUCUAUAGCAGCAACCAAUUCAUCUAACACAGAAAACAAUCAUCAGACUAUACAGAAUUCCCAGUUUCUUCUUAUGAGGUUGAAUGAUCCUAAGAUGUCAGAAGCAGAACGUCAAUCAAAAGAAAGUGAACAGGCAGAUCGCAGCUUGUUUGUUCAAGAGCUUCUACUGUCCACUUUAAUGCAGGAAGAAAGUUCCUCCUCAGAUGAGGAUGAACGGGGAGAGAUUGCUGAUUUUGGUGCUAUGGGCUGUGUAGAUAUUAUGCCUCUAGAUGUUGCUUUAGAAAACCUAAAUUUAAAAGAUAAUAAUAAAGGAAAUGAACCUCCUCUUUGAUGGCAUCCCACUUUGCAGACAAUGUCCUCUGUGCUGUAUUUGCCAAUGAAAGUGGACAACAACUAUCUUGGGUUUGUUUUGGUGAUUGUAAUUUCAGGUCUGUCACUCUUGUUACAUUGUGUACAUUCAAAGGAAGAGGGAAAAGAUAUAUACGAUAAUCAUUUCCACUUAACCAAUUUUUACUUUUAGCAGGUAAAUAUAGGUUGAAGUGCAGAGAAAAAAAGCUCUAUGUCCUGUAGCUUGACGUGCAAAAAAGCUCUCCUAAUACUCCACAUUCAAACUGAAGAGGAAAAAAUGAAAAAAUCUCUAAUGAAGCUGCUGUGUGUAUUUAUGAAUAUUAAUGAAUAAAACUUGCUUGGAUGGUUUACCUUAA